AUGGGACUCCCUGAAGGUGAGGUUCGUCGCGCCGAUCGGGUCCGUGCGGCGAGGCUGGGGACGCUGCGCGGCGAAUUCAAUCGGAUGAAGAUGGCGGACGGCGAGGAGCUUGAUGUGUACGGCAGGAGGCUCGCGGCGAUGGCGGCGAGGUAUGCCAACCUCAGGGAGACGUUGGGCUACGCAGCACUUGUCAAGAAGUUGCUGGAUACGGUGCCGGAUCGCUUCUUCCCCGUCGUCGUCGGCAUCGAGCAAUUCCACGAUGUGACGACGAUGGCAUUCGACGAAGCGCUCGGGCGGCUGCAUGCGUUCGAUGAGCGGGUUCGGCGCCGUGGACAAGACGGCGGCGAGCGCGGGGGUGAGCACCUGCUCAUGACGGCGGCGCAGUGGGCAGCGCGGGAGCAUCGACACGGCGGUGCUUGGGACGACGACGACGGGCGCAGCGUGGUGUCGGGGAGCGGCGGCAACGGGCGCAGGCGCUGCUACAAGUGUGGGGAGCACAGGCAUUUCCGACACGAGUGCCCGCAGCUGCGGAAAGGACCGGCAGCGGAGCAUGCUCUCUUGGCCGGCGCCAACGUCGACGACGACGGACUCCUAUAG